CCUCCAACCCCAACAUUCCUCCCCUCUGGUAGAAAAGUCUGCUCACCAACCUGGAGAUUGUCCACGUUUACAGCAUUCAGACGCCACUCCGCUGUCCUGCCCCACAUCUGCAUCCUCGGCCCUCUGCGUAACGAUGUUUGCCUGUUGCACCGCCGUUUUCCUUCUUCUCGCUACGUGGUCUUCCGUGGAGUGUAAUCCCAGUCCUGUGCUCGGAGAUGUAGUCGUGGACAGAUACUCCAUGCCUAAAGUCUGUGCCAGAGAAUCGAAGACCGGGGAUUUUGUUCGGUAUCACUACAACGCCACAUUUGUCGACGGGAAAACAUUUGAUUCGAGCCACGAGAAAGGAGACGCAAAGGUGGGCCUGCUCGGGGAGGGCCGACUGAUCGCUGGCAUUGACAAAGGUCUGCAGGGCAUGUGUGUGAAUGAGCGCAGAAAACUCACAGUCCCGCCCCACCUGGCCUAUGGAAGCACCGGUGCAGGUGAUGUGGUUCCUCCAGACACCACCCUGGUGUUUGAUAUCCAUCUGCUGGAUCUGUGGAACAAAGCCGACAUGGUUGUUACAAAAACCAUCACCACUCCCAAAGACUGCAAGCGCUCCGUGAUGCGCACCGACUUUGUGCGCUACCAUUUCAACGGCACUCUGCUCGACGGCACGGUCUUCGACUCCAGCUACACCAGGAAGCAGACCCAAGACAGCUUAGUGGGCGAGGGCUGGCUGAUUAAGGGUAUGGAUGAGGGCCUGCUAGGCAUGUGUGUGGGAGAGAUCAGAAAUAUCAUCAUCCCACCCUUCAAAGCCUACGGAGAGAAAGGAUCAGGUAAAGAGAUUCCCCCUCAGGCGACCCUGGUGUUUGAUGUCCUGUUGGUGGACAUUCAUAACCCGAAGGAUAACGUCACCAUCGAGGACCAGGUGGUGCCUGAGUCGUGCACACGCAAAACCGUGGUUGGUGAUUACGUCCGGUACCACUACAAUGGUACCUUCCUGAACGGCAUCACCUUUGACACCAGCUACCAGAGGAAUAGCACAUACAACACCUACAUCGGGAUGGGGUAUGUGAUUGCAGGCAUGGACCAGGGCCUGCUGGGAGCCUGCACUGGGGAGAGGAGGAGGGUUAUCAUCCCCCCACACAUGGCGUAUGGAGAGCAAGGAGCUGGUAACGUCAUCCCCCCUUCAGCUGUGCUGGUGUUUGACGUUCACGUUAUCGACUUCCACAACCCCAACGACACGGUAGAAGUCAAGAUCACCUACAAACCCGAAGUGUGUAACGAGACCACCGGGGAGAACGACCUCGUCCACUACCACUACAACUGCACCCUGGUGGAUGGCACGCCACUCUUCUCCUCACACGAUUAUGACAACCUUCAGGAUGCAGUGCUGGGGUCGGACAAGGUGAUCGAUGGGCUGGAUGUGGGCUUGCGAGGCAUGUGCGUGGGAGAGAAGAGGGUGAUAACGGUGCCGCCUCACCUUGGCCAUGGAGAAAAAGGAGCCACUGGUGUACCAGGCAGUGCUGUGCUGGUCUUUGACAUUGAAAUGAUGAGCUUUGAGAAGGGAGUGCCACCCGGUUACCUGUUCGUGUGGAUCCAGGACAGUCCUGCAAACCUGUUUGAAGCCCUGGACGUCAACAAGAACGAAGAGGUGCCGCAGGAGGAGUUUGGGGAGUUCAUCAAGCUGCAGGUGGCUGAGGGCAAAGGACGCAUAAAGCCCGGACAGGUCAUGGAGCAGGUUAUCUCCGACAUGUUCAACAACCAGGACCGGAAUAAAGACGGAGUGAUCACGCCCGACGAACUCAAACUGAAGGUGGACGAGGACAAAGAACGGGAGGCGAGGCACGAGGAGUUGUGAUUAAGACAAGCGCUUUCAUUCUCUCUCAGGGAUAAACCCCAACAUCUUAAAAAAAACAAAACAAAAAAACAAGCAACGCGAGACUUUUUCCGCAUACAGCAUCACGGUUUAAUACUUUCUGUACCACAUCGGACAAUGUUUCGUAACGAGAAGAAAAUAGUGCAAAGGGUCUUUUUAGGUUUUUUUGUAAAGAUUUGUGUGUGAUUAUGUUUGUUUUUGAUUGUUGUAUUUCAGAAAAACAAAACAAGCACCUUUAUUUGUCCCUGAAAGUCACUUGGAAUAAAAUGUUUGUAAGAAAAAGAACCGUUUCAUUUUUUGUAUGUAUCCGUCUGACAGAUAACUGCACCAGUUUUAUGACCAAAAGAGAGGUCCACCAAUAAGCUGUUAGUAGUGGCUGAUAUCAUC